CACUCUUUCAAUCCUGGCCACCGACAAACACCCAACCCCCAUCGCACAAUGCCAGCGCGGCUCUAUCUCCGGCCGAGCCCGCGCGCAUUCUUCCUCAUCUCCGAGUCGCACGCGCUCGUCUUCCGGCAACCGGGCACGAGCGAGACCAAGGCGUCGCGUAAUGUCGUCGUUGCAGAGUUUCUCCCCCUCAACGAGGUGGACACGACGGGCCUGAUCUCCAUCGGGCGGGGGACCGUCGAGGGCGUGCUCGGCGUGACCUCUGUCCCGGCUGGCGAACGCUCGCCCAUCCCCGAGACGUUCCUCAUCCUCCUUGCGGGCAGCUCGCCGCUCUCCCCCCUCCUCCCUGGCUCCUCGCUGCGCCCGGCGCGCGUCCUCGCCGUCGAGUUCUACUCGCUCUCUUCCAAUUUCUGGGACACGCCCGACAUGCUCGGCGCGAGCGGCGGCGCAGACGACGACGACGACCCAAUAGGCGACAGCUACACGCGCGCGGGGAGCAACACGCCGACGAUGAGCCAGGCGGCGCAGGCGGGCAUCGCGAACCCCACCGACGGGAUGAAGAAGUAUCUCUGCUCGGGCGCCUUCUUCCACGCCGAGGGCGUGUCGUGGGACAUUUCGUCCUCUCUUGGCUCUGGCGCGUGGGGCGCGGGCGGCGACGCCGACGGCGGCGAGGGCGUCGGCGCGACGGAGCAGGGCGCGCUCGAGGACUUUGACGAGCGGUUCGUGUGGAACGCGCGGCUGUUGAAGCCGUUUUUGAACUUUCGCGCUGGGCUGCCGCCCAACGCCAAGGCCGUGCUUGAUGCCCACGCACUGCUGGUGCCGGUCAUACAGGGGUUUGUGGACAGCCGCCCGUUCCCGAUCGGCUCGUCGCGCGACGACAUGGGCACGCUGGCGUUGAUCUCGCGCUUGAGCUGUAAGCGUGCCGGCGCACGUUUUAGGACGCGCGGUAUCGACGACGACGGCAACGUCGCCAACUUUGUCGAGACCGAGACGCUCAUGACCGUCAGCGGGAUCACCGUGUCGUAUGUCCAGGUGCGCGGGAGCGUGCCCAUGUUCUGGCAGCAGCCGACCGCUGGCUUGCAGACACUCCAGCAAAAGGUGGAGAUUACGCGACCGUUCGAGGCGACGCAGAGGCCGUUCGACCAGCACUUUGACGACCUCAUCAAGACGUACGGCGCGGUGCAUGCCGUCAACCUGCUCGGCACGAAGGAGGCGGAGCAGAUGCUGUCCGAGGCGUACAAGGCGCAUGUGACCAAGCUCAAGAGCGAGCUCGCUGCCGCCGACGACGAGAACAUCCCCGAAGACGCAGUGCAAUACACCGACUACGACUUCCACACAGCCGUGAAGAACGGCGGCCACGACGCGGUACGCGCGGAUUUCAACCGCCUCCUCCCAAUCCAGGCGUCACUCGACAAAUUCGACUACACUGCAAUUGACCUCUCGACGGGAACGUUGAUCGAGAAGCAACACGGUGUCUUCCGUGUCAACUGCCUCGACUGCUUGGACCGCACAAACUUUGUGCAAGAGGUCAUUUCAUACCUGGCUCUCUUCCGCGCUCUGGCAAACCACAACUCGCCCCUGUGCCACUCGUCGUCGCCGCUAUGGAGCGUGCACCGCGACCUGUGGGCGGAUAACGGCGACCUCUUGAGCAAGACAUACGCAGGCACUGGCGCGAUCAACACUAGUGCAACGAGGUCUGGGCGCAAGACCCUCGCUGGCCUGUUGUCCGAUGCUACCAAGUCGGUGGGGCGCGCCUACAUCAACAACUUCCAAGACAAGAGCAAACAGCAGGCGAUUGACAUGCUACUUGGCCUGCUAGCUGGCCAGCGGCAGGUCGUGCUCUUCGACCCGAUUGGCGACUCGGUACACACGGCCCUCAAGGCCCGGCGCGAAGAGUAUGCGACACCGCGCCCCGUCACCAUCUUCUCUGGCACAUGGAACGUCAACGGCAAGGCGCCCGUCGGCGUCCUCGACCCCUGGCUGUUCCCAAGCAAGGUCGACCGCGCAGACAUUUACGCCAUCUCGUUCCAGGAGAUUGUCGAGCUCACCGCACAGCAAAUCGUCCAGACCGACCCCGCCAAGAAGCGCGUCUGGGAGACGGUCAUCAUGCAGACGUUUGCAAAUUGCUGCGGCGAGGGCGAGUACAUCCUCAUGCGCAGCGAGCAGCUCGUCGGAACCGCCCUCAUGAUCGUCGUCAGGUCCAGCCUCCUCCCGUUUAUCCGCAACGUCGAGUACGCAUACAAGAAGACUGGUCUCGGCGGUAUGAGCGGGAACAAGGGCGGCGUGGGCAUCCGCUUCGACCUAUACGACUCGGCGCUGUGCUUCAUGACUUGUCACUUGGCAGCCGGGCAGUCAAACUAUGAGGACCGCAACGUCGACUACCGCACCAUUGUCAGCGGUCUUCACUUCCUCCGCGGCAAGACGAUUGACAGUCACGACAUUGUCGUCUGGUCCGCCGAUUUCAACUACCGCAUUGACCUCAGCAAUGACGUUGCGCGCCCGCUCGCACUCGCGAACGAGUUUACAGAGCUAUACGAGUAUGACCAGCUGUCGCUCGCUCGGUCCGAGAAGCAAGUCUUCGAAGAUUACCAGGAAGCACGGAUCAACUUCCGCCCGACGUACAAGUAUGACAACGGCACCGACACGUACGACUCGUCCGAGAAGCAGCGCGUGCCGUCGUGGACGGACCGUGUGCUGUACAAGGGCACCAACCUCGAGUGUGUGGCGUACAAUAGUGCCGAGCUGCGGAUCUCUGAUCACCGGCCCGUAUUCGCCGUCACCAAGGGGUCGGUCGACCAGGUAGAUCACGCCAAGAAAGCGCACAUCAGGGAGGAGCUCGCACGGGUAGCGCAGCAAAAGUUUGCCAACGGCAACCUCGACCACCUGGUCGAGUCGGCCGCCCAGGGCGGUGUCCGCGGGCUCGUCAAGGAGCUGACGUCGGUAUCGCUCACGCCGUCGCCUGUGCCGUCGCCCGGGCCGGAUCGCAAGGCGCCGCCCGCGAUUUCACGCGACUCGAAGCCUGCGCGAAGUGCAUCUAUCCGAGCGGCACCUUCGCGGGGCUUAGCGCCGUCGAGAGCCUUCAACAACGCAUCGCCUACCAACAUCACACCAGUGACCUCGACCCUCUCUGCUACCGUUAGCAACGCGUACGCGAGACUAGGCUACCCCACCGCUACAGCCGCGUCAGGCGGACUACCGCAGCGCACUGCGUCGCUAUCGGCGCCCGGCGUGCCAGGUGUGCCAUAUGCUGCCAGACAACGACCGCCACCACCGCCACGACCCGCCAGUGGCGGGGGUGGUGGAAGCCCCAGUAGUAGCCAGGUGCUGACCCCUUCGUCGACUGGCGACUUUGUCAUUGUGCCGUCGCCCCGACGUGCCGCGCCUGCCGUGCCCGCGCCCAAGCGCUCCAACUCGACAGCGUCAACGACAACGACCGUGAGCAGCAAUGCGAGCGCGCCGCCCAGACUCCCGCCCAGACCGAACACGUCGCGCACUGGUACGCUGGACAUGAAUUCACCUCCACCGACGGGCCUGGCCCUGCCAGUGCAGCCCGACAAUGCGGCAAAAACGGCACCAUUGCCCGUGCUCUACGGGGGUGCGAAGGCUCCUGCGCCGCCCCUUCCAUCCAGCCGCAAGCCGGUACCGACGCUCGCUCAGCUGGAAGCAGCGGCGACCAAGGCCCCGCCGCCAGUACCGCCCAAGUCUGGCCCGUCGUCGCCCAUCGAUAUUGGUAAGAAGGCCCCGCCGCCUGUCGUCGCGCCCAAGCCGGUGCUCUCGCCCGCCGCGACGGUCGCAGCGCCCAAGUCGCCCGACGGGAAGAAGGCAGCGCCGGCCGUCGUGCCCAAGCCCGCGGCGCUGCACGCCAAGCAGCCGCCGACGACGGCGCCAAAGCCGGCGGCGCUGAGGAGCAAUAGUUCUACCAGCAACGGAGCGUAGUGUCUGCCUGCCACAGUUGUAUCACCGCCACAUGUAUUGCAU